AGAGAGAGAGAGAGAGAGAGAGAGAGAGAGAGAGAGAGAGAGAGAGUUAGUGUGAAGGAGCGAAGAUGGAAAAGAUGAUCGCAGUGGGUAUGGUGUGGGGCGCCACCAACGCUAUCAUGCGCCGCGGUGCGCUUCUCUGGGACGAGGCUCUGAAAUCCUCUGCAAAGCCACAUCCGCAGUCAUCUAUGGGCCAGAAAAUGCGCAUCUCCCUCGGGAACUGGUUCAAGCUUCUCUCCAUCUGGCAAUACUCCAUUCCCUUCCUCAUCAACCUCUCCGCCUCCGCCACUUUCUUCGCAAUCCUCUCCGACGCCCCGCUCUCCCUCGCCGUCCCUGUCACCAACGCCACCACCUUCGCCGCCACCGCCAUAUUCGGCAUCUUUCUCGGGGAACGCACACACCUCCUCCGCGCUUUCUUCGGUACCGCUCUUAUUGUCCUCGGUCUCUGCUUCUGCAUCAACUCUUACUAGUGGCUUUUCCACCAUCUUUGUAAAAUCAUUGUUUAAACUUUUUAAUCUGUUACUGUGUUUUUUGUUACGACUUAAGAGCCUCCAAUUUCAUUACAUCGCCUAGGGUUCAUUUUGCAAAUUCCGAUAUCACAUAAUUUGUUUAUUCAUGGAUGAAAGAUUAUUUAGUACAUGGUGAACAAGAAUGGAAUCACCAAGACCGGGACAAAUAACAAACAAAUGUUACACGAAAGAAGAAAGGAGAUGAAAACACUCCAGCUGCCGAGAUGCUUGACUUUUGUUGCAGCUGCAUUUCCACACCUCCACACAGUCAUUUUUUUUUUGUGACUAUUAGAUGAAGAUAGGACUGUCAGGUUCAAGUACAUGUUUUAAGUUUGAUUUUCAAAGAAAAAAAAAAUGUUCCGAUCUUUGUGUAACAGUUUUGUAUCGUUGACUGUGUGAAUGGUGGAAAGUGACUGCAGGGAAUACGAAUCAGAUGUUUAGAAUUGUGGUUUAAAGCAUUCUGGAGGCAUCUGUCCGUUGAAUCUUUUGGUGUCUGUGCAGUAGUCAUAGAUCAUGUAAUUGUUUCUGAUCCAAUUCAGCUGUUCCAACUGGGUGUGGGUCAGCUUCUUGUAUCUAGCGGAAGUCCACCAAUUUGCAGGGAUAUUAUAGGCACAUUGAUGGAUGCUCUUUGCUCCACUCCACUUGCAAGCCCUUGCUCUGAAAUGGUGGAAUCUGGCCGUGAAUGGUGCGUGAUUCCAGUCCGUCUUUACUAGGCCUCCUCUGGUUGCCCAGUUGUCUGCAUUCCAUAGGCUGGUGCAAACCCUCAUUCCUUGUUUGUUUGGGUAAGUGAUGCCCUCUUGUUCAUGGUUGCGGAAAACACGAAUUGGCACAUCAUCAACAUACCAGCUGAGGUACCAGUCACAGGAUUCUAGUUAAUGGGUCAUAAACAAUUUUAGAAAGUCGAAUAAGUUUGUGCUCUGGUAAAAUUUAUCAACUUACACAAUUUCUGUGGGAUUCCAGUGAAUGGUGUAAUUGUGAAAAUUAGCAGUUGGGUCAAACCAGAGGUAAAAUUGUUGCUCUUUGCUUCCUUUUCCUUGCGUGUACAAGUUAGUAUGGACAGUGUAUGGUUGUCCUGUACUGUUGCCCAAGAACUCAAAGUCUAUCUCAUCAUGCUGGUUUCCUGCAGAAGAUAACUGUUUGAGCAAGAGACAUUAAUUAGCAUUUCUUAUAGUAAUGGAAGCUUGAUGGAUUUGUUUUUUCAAAAGUGCAUAUUUUGGUGUUAUCGAGAUCUCUUGGAUCCAGUGAACUUACAUAGUAUGCUGUGACUGUUCCGGCAGAAUUACCAGGUACAAGCUUGAUUUGCAUUUCAAUGCUCCCAAAUAAGAAUGAUCUCUUCGAUUGAGCAGCUGACCCUGAAAUCCGAAGGCAACAACAACAACACAUUGUUCCAUUAAGCUAGAAGUAGAUAAAUGCAUUUUUAUUAUUGAUUUUACUUUAGUUUGCACAAUAUUCGGCAAUGUUUAGUUUGAUCAGAAGUCUUGGGUAAAGUUCUAUAUGAACAUAUAUUUGUUAUGCUCUUAUAUUUAGACUUAAAUGUUAUCGGAUUCAUCUUAUCAUU